AUGGAUAUUCAUUAUGAAAAAAUGCCAAAUAUUGAAAAUUCAUCAUCAUCAGGUGUUUACCUUGAUGAACCGAUUCGCGUUCAAGAGACACCUGCUCGUAUUCGUCAUUAUUUUGUAUUUUCACUAUUUUCGGCUAUUUGCUUAUGUCCAGCAACAGGUCUUGUUGCAUUGGCUUAUUCAUUAAAAAGCUCAGCUAAAGCUGAUGUGAAAUUUCAUGAUAAAGCUCGACUUUAUUCUCGUCGUGCACUACUUUGGAAUUUAAUUUCUAUUAUUGUUGCAACUGCUUCAAUUUUUCUGGUUUUGGCUUUUUUCUAUUAUGUGAAUGCAAUCGUACAAAUGGGCAGCGUUACAGACUUUGAUGUUUAUCAAAAACAACGUGCACAGGAAAUAAAUAAUGAAAUCAAUAGAAUGGUUCAAUCGUUCUCAAACGAGAAAUAA